AUGGAGGCGAUCCUCGCUUCCUCCACCGUGACGGCGGCCCCGUCCUCCUUGUCCUCCCCCCGACGUUGUCUCUUUGCUGGAGGGGGCUCUGGCGAUCGGAGGAGUGCGGGGGGGGCGAGAUUCUCUUCCUCCUGUACCUGGACCGGCGCGACCCUCGCAGUAGGAUCGUCGGUUUCACUGGGGAGCCAGUUCACGGUGAGUCUGGCUGGCAGGAGCUCAUUCUUUGGUGGAAGUCGGAUAAGGAUGCCGUUUUCUUUUCUUUGUUCCUUCGUGGUAUAAGGAUUUUAUGAUUCGAGAACUUGUUGCUUCGUUUCUCCAGAGGGAGACGUGGGAUUGGGUGCAUUCCAAGUCCCGGAGCAUUGAAAAUGGGAACAAGAAUGGACUCUACGUGAAGGCGGAAAUGUUUGGGCAGCUGACGGGAGGCCUUGAAGCUGCCUGGAGCAAGCUUAGAGGCGUAGGUACGAAUCAUCCGACCACAUUACUCCUGUCGGUUUUUUAUCAUGGCUUAUUUCUUUGAUGAAGAUUAUGCAAAGAUGGAAUAAUUUGUGCUGACGAUUGUAUUCAUAUUCCUUUGAUCCUCGACUUAGUUUUCUUCUGUGUGGUGUGUCAGAUGUUUUGACAAAAGAGAACAUAGCAGAGCCCAUGCGUGAUAUCAGGAGGGCUCUCCUAGAAGCUGAUGUGAGUUAUAGUUUCCUCGUCAAAAGUUUGCGACACUUUUCCUUAAGUCCAUUCCCAUGUGUACUGACUCUCUCAUGAAAUUGAUGCAUUCAGGUAAGUCUACCGGUCGUGCGGAGAUUUGUACAGUCUGUCAGUGACCAGGCUGUUGGUGUCGAUCUCAUUAAAGGGGUGAAACCCGAUCAGCAGUUGGUGAAGGUGGGACAAGCGCUUCACACUUCGUACUAGAAUUCUACCCCUGCAAUCUGGGUUCUCCUAGAUUGGUUUAUACAUUGCGUGGUAUUAAUUGUUUGCAUGUCUGCGUGCGAACUACGUAGGUUUUUCAGUUUUUUGUUCACUUACUUAAAAUACUAGAUCUGUUCGUCUUUAGAAUUUUCACUUUCAACACUUGACAGGUUAAAUACUUAUGCCAAAAGGCACAUACUAUUUGAUAUAGUCGGGAAUGUCUACUCAGUUUCUGCUAACAUCUUGUAACUCGGAUGGUUUGCCCAGCUUAGUCUGAUCCGCGCAAUAAAUGUGAACAAUGUUUAUAGUUUAUAGUUGGUGUCUUAAGAGAGUGAGGUCCUAAUGCUGAUUUUUAUGGUACUUUAUACAGAAGCUUAUGGCUGGCCACUAACUUUCUUUCCAACUGCAUUUUACAGAUUGUUCACGAUGAGCUAGUGGGACUGAUGGGUGGAGACGUAUCAGACCUAGUGUUCGCAAAAACUGGUCCCACAGUAAUAUUGUUGGCAGGGCUGCAAGGUGUUGGGAAGACCACCGUUUGUGCGAAGCUUGCAUUCUACCUUAAGAAGCUGGUGGUGUCAUAACCGAAGAAAUUAAACCCAUUAUAAUCUCUAUUUUUGUGUCUUAUUUACCAAUACUAACAUGUGCAACACAGAAUUCAGGGGAAGAGCUGCAUGCUGGUUGCUGGGGAUGUGUACAGGCCUGCUGCGAUUGAUCAACUUAAAAUUUUGGGUGAACAGGUAUUUCUGAGUCUCAGUUUUUCUACCUAGGUAGUGGUUGCCUCGACCUUGGAAGUAACAUUAUCUUCCACGCUCCAUUAGUUUCUUUUGUAAUGAAAUUCUGUGUUAUGUUCAUUAUAUGCUCAAUAGUGGAAUAUCAUUGAUUUUGGCGAUUCGCAAGUUUAGACAGAUUUCACUAACGUUCAAGAAAUUUAGUCGUCCCAAUUUAUAUGUUUAAAUAGUAAUUAUUGUGUAUUUGAUGAACUGGAUGUUAUUUCUACAUACGUAUGUCAAAAAAGGUUACUGUGAUUUCUAUGUUAGACAUAUAUAAUAGGGCUUUUCUGCUGACGUUCACUUGUGGCAUUUGACAGGUUGGUGUCCCUGUUUACGCACCAGGAAGUGAGUUAAAGCCAGCACAGAUUGCAAAACAAGGCCUUGAAGAGGCCAAAAAGACGAUGACUGAUGUGGUCAUAGUAGAUACCGCUGGAAGGCUUCAGGUUUUUAACAUCUGCUUUGUUCAUUUUUUUUAAUUUAUUCUUCACUUUUUUUGGUCAGUUCCGUUUCCACAUGGAUAUACGCAAAACUCUGACCUAGUAAAUCUCUUAUUAUUUCUUCAUAGUAAACCAAAAUGAAGAAAAAAUAAAUAAAUAUUGGAAUUGGAAAAAUAGUCAAGAGUAGCAUCAGGAAGUUGAUAACCCAAAUGAUAGUGAUGGGAGCUUAUGCGCAGCAUUGUGCUCAUUUCAAAUUGUGGAAAAUAAUGUCAUUUCUUAUGAAAAGUUGUUCAUCUGGAAGUAUGCAAUAUGAACUAUCUGGAAUUUACAUUCACUCAUGGUCUACAUCCUAUGGUUUGGUUUUUGAGAGGGCAGGAUUUUCGUCCAAUUGUCUAAGCUAUAGACUGUCCGAUUGGAUUUUGAACUCCCAACUAAUGAAAAACAAAAAUGGAAAGCAUGUUCAGGAACAAAAGUGGGUCUAAAUAUAAAUAAGUGGCAUUUUAGGAUAACAAAUGAAGCCAUGUUAGACUUUCCCCUGGGAUAUAUAUCCAUUGCAAUCUCCAUUAUACUGUGGUACAUUGGUGAUCUGCAUCAAGAUCAUGGAAAUUUGUACAUUCUUAUAUGGUAGACAGGAUAGACAUCUCUCAUCGGCUUUGUACAACCUAAGCUUUAUUAAUAGCAUGAGUCCAAAAAACAUCCGUGACAAAUCCUCAGUAUCCACGUGAACAUCAUUAUGGUGUACUCUAGAAAAAUUGAUGUCGAUUGAUAGUGUAAAAAUUUGUAAUUUCUUGCACCUAGUUCCUUAAUAUCAACUUCUCAUGCUUCUCAAGCAAUUUGGAUCGUUGUUUGUUGAAGUCUCAGCUAUGGAACGUUGACCAGUAUAAAAAUUUUAGAUACUUUGAAAAUGUACACGCAUCCAUGCUUACAACUUGAUUGUUAUAGUCCGUCUUUUCUUUCUGUUAUCUAGUGUGUAGUUUAUUCCGGUUCAUAGUGCUCCUAUUAAUUCUAAUUUUAUCUCCUUUGCAGAUAGACAAAGGAAUGAUGGAUGAGUUAAAGGAAACAAAGAAGGUUCUGAACCCAACGGAAGUGUUGCUUGUUGUUGAUGCAAUGACAGGUCAAGAAGCUGCAGGUGAUAUUUCUCUACUUGGAAAUCACGGAUUCUAAUUUGAUAUAAAAUUAUAGGUAUUUAAUGCUACUUUUCCUUGCGAAAAUAGUGGAUGGGAUCAAAUAUAGGUAUAAAAUUAUAGGUAUUUAACAGCUAAUAUUUUUGGAAUGUUCUCCAUAGGUGUAGCAGCUAUAAUUUUUUUCUUAUUUAACAUGCUCCUGUCUUCAUAUUCUUACAGCCUUAGUUACAACAUUCAAUCUUGAGAUUGGGAUUACGGGUGCCAUAUUAACAAAGCUUGAUGGUGACUCAAGAGGUGGUGCAGCUCUAAGCAUUAAAGAGGUAUGACUUUUCCAUUUUCACCUUUGUAUCCACUUGUUAUAGAUCCUUUAUUAGCUGUUCUCAUUGUUACUGUUCUGUCAGGUAUAUUUGAUGGUAUGAGACUCAUUCUGAUAAACAACAUUUUAUGGAUGAACAUAUUAGAUGGAAAGUCCACUGUGAUACCCAUGUCCGUGAACUUGAAAUAAUUAUAAUUAUGUUUCUGAUUGUUGCCUGGACAUGGCAUUAGGAUUAAACUAUUCUUUUUGCGAUUUGUUUCCUCUUGUGUUUGGUUAUAAAUAUCCAAAGUGCAAAACGAUUAAACAGUUAGGCUGUUGGCCAUCAAGUUAUGAUUUUAAUAUGCUCAUGCUUCCUCAGUAAUCAACACUUCUGAGUUCACUUCUGAGUUUUCUUUGGCAUUUGGGAAGACGCAUCUAGAUAGUUAGACAUGGUGUUGAGCACUUUCAUGUCUGAAGAAAACAGGGUAAUCAAAUUUUAGGACGAUCAGUGAGCUUUUUCUUUGUUAAAGGCAAUGUUCGAUUUCACGGUAAUAGUCAAUGUAUCGACUCUUAUGCACAUUCUUUAAGCUAUCCACUGCUAAGAAAGUUACGCCGGCCAAACUCUGUUUCUUGGACGAAAAUUAGACCUUUCUAGGGGUCUAUCUAUUUUAGUGAGUUUAGAAGACUAGACGAUGAAGGAUUAUAGUAACCAAUGUGAGAGUGAUAAAAAUUGUGUGCUUAGCAUUCUAUACAGGUAAUAAAGUUUGCGAAAUUAAAGUAUAUGAAAUAGAAAUUUCAUUUUCCUUAUUUAUAUUGUUUGGGAGUGGUGGACAUGGUUUCUCUCAGGUGGCACUCAAAAAGAAAAUUCCAGCCGCAGAAAAGUUCUAAGACCUAAGAAAGUACUGGGAAAAUGCUUUUAAUACACAAACCAAUUGCUUAUUUAAGUUAAUUGUGAAUAUUGGCAGGUAUCCGGGAAGCCAAUUAAGCUUGUAGGACGAGGAGAACGUAUGGAGGAUCUCGAACCAUUUUACCCUGAUCGCAUGGCUGGACGCAUUCUAGGAAUGGGGGAUGUUCUUACGUUUGUUGAAAAAGCCCAAGAAGUUGUAAGUGUCUGUUACUUCUGAGGUUUGUCUCGUUGUCCAGAGUGUCGCAGUCAAAUCCUGACGAUGAUUAUUUUCUAUACCAGAUGAAGCAAGAAGAAGCUGAAGAUCUACAAAAGAAGAUUAUGAGUGCGAAGUUUGACUUCAAUGACUUCUUGAAGCAGACCCGUGCUGUUGCACAAAUGGGUUCUAUGAGUCGUGUAAUUGGAAUGAUUCCUGGCAUGGGAAAGGUGAUAUUCCUGCCCUCCUUGUUUAUUUUAUUUUAUUUUAUUUGGACCCCCUAUCUGUCCAUUUAGCCAUAUGACAAUCGAUGAUAUAUUAACAAUUCAUUUUCCUUGUUCAUGAUACUGAUAGGUAACUCCAUCUCAAAUUCGUGAGGCAGAGAGAAACUUAAAAGAAAUGGAAGUAAUGAUUAACGCAAUGACUCCAGGUUUGUUCUUUAUUCCCUAUUUCUAUGGAAUAUUUCGUGGUCCAAUAAACUUCCAAGCAGUCUCUCCUGGCCAGUCAUUACGUCUUCUGUGUUAGAAAAUUAUUAGUUUAAUUUCCUAGCUUUGCCAACUUUUUAAAAUUUUGUUGGAAACAUCAUAUGCUCAUCAUCUGCCAGUAAAAACAAGACAACACUGAUUCUUUAUGAUCCCCAAGUGAACAUCUACAUUUGAAUUUAUCGAUAAUAAAAAAAAUCAAUCAUUUAUUGUUGUUCGUUGACCCAAGGACCCAAUAGGCUUUUAAAAUUAUGGACACUGAUUCAUCUCAUUAAUAAGAGCCUUUCAAAAUAUCUUCAAGUUCUGUUGAAGCCAGUUCAUUACAGUCAACUGUGCCUGCUGUCGGAUGACUGUAAUAGCAAGUCGAGCCUUUCAGAUGUAUCAUUUCAAACAAAUGCAAUAGGCAUGGUGGUACAGCUUCAUACCAAAAAGGAAAUGGAUAUUGUAGAUCAAGAACGAGAACUAAUGAUCUCCCCCCCUUAGUAGUAUCACCUGUAUAGGCAUCCGACUAAACGUCACUUGUUAUCAUGGAUUGCCAUUUAUUUAUUUCUCAUCUUCAAUUGAAAGCUUUAUGCUUCUCACUCUCUGUCGUUUCUUAAUCAAAAGAGGAAAGGGAAAAGCCGGAAUUGUUAGCAGAAUCACCAGCUAGGCGAAAGAGAGUUGCCACGGAAUCAGGGAAACCCGAGAAGCAGGUAUACAUGGAAGCAAUGAUUCUCAACUCUGUUGAUAAGUUUCUUAGAUAAUAAUAGCGGAAGAAGACUAACUAUAGGUAAAUUUCUCCUGCAUUGAGUGUACCAGGUAGCCCAACUCGUUGCCCAACUCUUUCAAAUGCGUGUUCGAAUGAAAAAUUUAAUGGGAGCCAUGGAAGGCGGCUCCAUCCCCGCAUUAAGCAAUCUAGAGGAGGCCCUUAAGUCUGAACAAAAGGUUGGGUUUCCUCUCUCGCUUGCCGUAAAUCAUUUCUGUAUUUUAUAUGCGGCUGGAUUUAUUUUUAUUUUGAUUUCUUAAAGUAUCUGUAUCUGUUCUUGUAGAAUUUAUGUUAGUUGCCAUGCAAGCUGGUAUCGCAGAGGCAAAUUAAUUAUCUACACUCUGUCUCAUGCUAAGUCCAAGAUUAAUUACCCCUACUCUGCUUCGUGCAUCUACCUAGAGGACAAUCUUGCAACAGUACCUCCACUGCUACUCUUUAGUUGAAUCCACUGUUCAUCAUUGUCUGAGAAAAGGUUGAAUCCCAUAGUUCCCCAGUCUGGCUGAGAAUUCCUGUUCUGUGGAGGGGCGGAUGCUCAGAGAUUGAGAAGUGAUGAAGGGGGGGCUGUUCUGUAUGAUUUUUUUUAAUUUCUUUCUAAACUAAGAUUCAUCCUUCUUGUCUGAAGUAUUUAAUUAGUCUUAAAAGGCAUAGAAAAACAUUCUAUUUUUGGCGAAAUAUUUUCAAAUUAUAUAAAUCAGGAAAAAAGUUGGCCUUCGAAAGCACAUCAUUAGAUGAGUCGCUUCCUCUCCCAUAUGCAUUCACGGAGGAAUCUGAAGAUCCUGUUUAUGUGAUCUCUAAUCAUCUUCAUCUCCAUCAGGCGCCCGCCGGCACUGCAAGGAGGAGGAGGAGAUCAGACUCUCGGAGACAGUUUGCAGAUUCGGCAGCUUCAAGACCGAGUCCUCGUGGCUUUGGGGCCAAAAACUGA